UUUGCAGUGCAAACGACAGAGCGAGACGGAGAGCGACAGAAACAGCACGACCGCCGCCGCCGCCGCCGCCCCUAGUGCCCUGCCAGGCGUUGGAGUUCUCCGCUAGCCUGCCGUCGCCCAUGCGCACAGCUGACAGCAAAGCAAACAACUCUCGCUUGGUCUCUUCCCGCUACGGCGUCACACGGUUCGGCAACACGUCUCGGCGGUGGCAAUCCCCGUCCUCUCUCUCUCACCGUCCCAUGACAGAGACAGCACAGCGAACGCUGGGACUGGGACAUGCUUAUCAGCAUUCCAUAAGGCCAGGGUCAGCCGGAGCCCGGAGGCGACAGCUGCCGAAACCGCGCACACCAAUCCGCAGCGGUCCUUGAGGUCCCAAUUCCGGCCGUUCGCUGCCGUGCGUCGUCGGCUGGGCCCCUCCCUGCAAUCUCCAGCCGCCAGGCCUCCCCGUCCCCGUCCCAAUCCACCGCGCUGGUUUGAAUCCGCGCGCGUUUUUCUUCGUCGGAUUCAUCGGUUUUGUAGGAGUUUUGGGUGGAGGAGGCAGGCGACGCAAUGGUGGAGGUGGGGAGUCGGGUGCGGGGGUUCCUGCGGAACCGGUGGCUGGUUUUCGUGGCGGCGAUGUGGAUGCAGUCGUGCGCGGGCGUCGGAUACCUCUUCGGCAGCCUCUCGCCGGUGAUCAAGGCCUCGCUCGGGUACAACCAGCGCCAGCUGGCCGGGCUCGGCGUCGCCAAGGACUUAGGCGACAGCGUCGGAUUCCUCGCCGGCACGCUCUGCGCCAUGCUCCCGCUCUGGGCCGCGCUCCUCGUCGGCGCCGCGCAGAACCUCGUCGGCUACGGGUGGGUCUGGCUCGCCGUCACGCGCCGCGUCCCCGUGCCCCCGCUCUGGGCGAUAUGCAUUCUAAUCUUUAUUGGUAAUAAUGGAGAGACAUACUACAAUACUGCUGCACUCGUCUCAUGUGUUCAGAACUUUCCCAAGAGCCGUGGACCAAUUGUUGGUAUCCUCAAGGGAUUUGCUGGUUUAAGUGGUGCAAUCCUAACGCAGAUUUAUGCCAUGAUACACUCGCCUGAUCAUGCUGCACUGAUCUUCAUGGUUGCAGUUGGUCCAACGAUGGUAGUUAUAGCUUUAAUGUUCAUUGUCAGACCAGUAGGAGGUCACAGACAAGUACGGCCUUCUGAUGGCACAAGUUUCACGUUUGUAUACAGCGUCUGCUUGCUCUUGGCAGCUUAUCUGAUGGGCAUCAUGUUACUUGAAGACCUUGUCAACUUGAGCCACUCAGUUAUUGUCUUGCUCACCAUCAUUCUAAUAUUCCUCUUGCUAGUUCCAAUAGUUAUCCCAGUUCUACUCAGCUUCUUGUCAGACAAUGAUGGGACUGUGUACGAACUCCUGUUGCCAUCACCUAGGAAAGGAGAGGCAAGUGCAUCAACAUCGUCUGAGGAGCAACAUGAGGUUAUACUUAGUGAGGUGGAGGAUGAAAAGCCAAAGGAAAUUGAUCUACUUCCAGCCUCAGAGAGGCAAAAGAGGAUUGCUGAAUUGCAGGCAAAGCUAUUUCAGGCAGCUGCUGAUGGUGCCGUCAGGGUUAAAAGGAGGAAAGGUCCACGACGAGGAGAGGAUUUCACACUAAUGCAGGCACUGAUCAAGGCUGAUUUUUGGCUUCUAUUUUUCUCCCUUCUGUUGGGCUCAGGAUCAGGUCUCACUGUCAUUGAUAAUCUUGGGCAAAUGAGCCAGUCGUUGGGUUAUGAGGAAGCCCACAUUUUUGUGUCGAUGAUUAGCAUUUGGAACUUCCUUGGACGUAUUGGUGGGGGUUUCUUUUCAGAGAUUAUUGUCAAAGAAUAUGCGUAUCCAAGGGCAAUUGCCUUAGCUACAGCUCAAGUACUGAUGGCAAUUGGGCACUUCACCUUUGCAAUGGCUUGGCCUGGAACAAUGUACAUCGGGACACUGCUUGUCGGCCUUGGCUAUGGUGCCCACUGGGCAAUUGUGCCAGCUGCUGCGUCUGAACUGUUUGGGGUGAAAAAUUUCGGGGCACUGUACAAUUUCCUCACAGUCGCAAAUCCAGCAGGCUCCCUUGUAUUCUCAGGCAUCAUUGCAAGCGGCAUCUAUGACGCUGAAGCUGCGAAGCAGGCUCAGCAGCACCACAACUCGACAUUGCUUGCAAUGCCUGGCAGAGUGCUUAGCAUGGUCUCCGACGUCGCUCCAGCAUUGAAGUGCGAGGGAGCCAUUUGUUUCUUCCUCUCGUCCCUGAUCAUGUCUGGGUUCUGCAUCAUUGCUGUCUUCUUGAGCUUGAUCCUGGUCUUCCGGACAAAGAUUGUGUACGCAAAUCUAUACGGGAAACCCGGUACUUGAAAGAUCAAUCCUCAAGGGCCAGGGGGCAUGAUAUAGCUCCAGAGUCAUCAAAACAUGGUUCAGUUCUGAGUUUUGUUUAUGGUACCACGCCAUGCCCUGUACAGGUUUGGUGUUGAUCUUGAAUCUUCCCUUGUUCUGCGGAUGUUCUUUGGAGAGCAGAACAGGAGUUUUGCGUUUUCCUUCUGUUUAUAAUAUUGUAUUACUUUACAAAGUGCUGCUGAUGCGCCUGGCACUUGUAGUCGCAGAAGAAACUCUGAAGUAAAUAUUCAAAUCAGUGGCUGCAGAUGGGAAGUUCAACAUCUAUGAAAGAUUUUGGUGGAACUAUGUCUUUUGCUCGAAUUUUGUUGUAUUUAGUUGGAAAAGUUUGUAUACAUAUGUAAUAAGCCGGAGAACUUUCUACGUAUCCUCAUCGACUCAGUCUUACAGAGAGGAGGACAUAUUUCUUUGUGAUCAGUUGAAAGCUCGAUAUACAAUAAACAUGUCUGCAAUCAAGAAAAUUGAAUAAACGAA